AUGUGGCAUGAGAGCUAUGACGAAAUGAUGAAAAUGAUCAUCUCAAUGUUCAGACUGGACAAAUACAGGCCAAGGAAAGACACCAACAAUGAUGUGAGCUUCGAGUCUCACAUUUACUUUGAUGAUGCUUUUAAAGACGUGAAAAGUAGUAAAGGCCGGCAUGUGAACGAAUACGCAGAGGACCUGGUGGAGGUUAUCCGAGAGGUUUACAAUAUCUUCAAUGAGAAGGAUUCAUGCAUCUUCAAAGAGAGCCCACCCCUUCCAUGCCAGAGGAUCCUGCACACCCCUUACGGAGGUCGACUGGAGUACACCCUCCCUAAAGGCAACCUGCUGAUGGUCCACUUUAAGGACAAGCUACUGAUCCGCCACAAGAAGAGAUGGUCUCAGAUUAUGUACUUGUACUACAUUCUCGGCUGGCGACUCACCAGGAAGUAUUUCGAGAAGUUUGAGCAGGGUGAAGAUGAGCAUGAGUUGAGGGAAAAGAUGAUGAAAGAGAAGGACAAUACCUAUCUCCUGGCUUUGGAUGGGGACACCGACUUCCAGCCCUAUGCUGUAAUGCUCCUAAUAGAUCGGCUGAAACUUUAUCCACGUGUGGGUGCGGCAUGUGGGAGGAUUCACCCGACAGGCACAGGUCCUAUGGUAUGGUAUCAGAAGUUUGAGUAUGCGGUGGGCCACUGGCUUCAGAAGACUGCAGAGCACGUGUUUGGUAGCGUGCUCUGCAGCCCCGGUUGCUUCAGUCUGUUCAGGGGCACAGCCCUCAUGGACGACAACGUCAUGAAGAGAUACACCACUAAGGCCACGGAGGCUAGCCACUACGUACAGUACGAUCAAGGUGAAGACCGCUGGCUGUGCACUCUCCUGCUGCAGCAGGGCUGGAGGGUGGAGUACAACGCUGCGUCCGACGCCUACACCAACGCCCCCCAGGACUUCAAGGAGUUCUAUAACCAGCGUCGGCGCUGGGGGCCCUCCACCAUGGCCAACACCAUCGAUCUGCUGGGCUCAGGGUCUCUGACCUCCCAGAGGAACAGCUCCAUCUCCAAACCCUUCAUCCUCUACCAGAUUCUCAGCAUGGCCGCCUCCAUCCUAGGCCCGGCCACAAUUUGCCUAAUGAUCUCAGGAAGCUUGUCGUUCAUACUAGACAUCAAUCCCAACGUUGCUUUGGUCCUUGCAACAGUGCCCCCUGUGGUGUACCUGUUGCUGUGCUUCAAGCUGAAAUCGGACACACAGAUCGCCAUAGCAGCCGUCAUGAGUGUCUUGUACGCUUUCCUCAUGAUAGGAACCGCUUUGUCCAUCGUAGGUGCUAUGGUUGAGCAGCAAACCAUUUGGACUCCUAGCGGCCUGUUUAUCAUAGGCCUGGUGCUGAUGAACAUCAUCACAGCAGCGCUCCACCCCAAGGAGUUCCAUCUGGUCGUCUACGGCCUCCUGUACUUCAUCUCUAUCCCCAGUGGCUACCUCCUGCUGACCAUCUACUCCAUGGUCAACAUGAACAAUGUGUCCUGGGGCACUCGGGAGACAGGUGUCCAAGUCGCUGCGCCACCACCAGCCAAGGCCAUCACACAGCGCAUCUUACAGGCCAAGUGCUGCAAGUUUCUCUGCUGGGACAGUGGAAAAGUGGCAGACCAGAAUGACUUUGUAACACAACUGCAGAAGAAGUCCUAUGACUUCCCUCUAAAUGAAGAUUUUCUUGUGAAGGAAGAGGAGGACUUUUGGAGAGACCUCCAGAAGCUCUAUUUGGAACCUCUGGCUGAGGAUAAAGAAAAACAGAAAAAGAUCACAAAUGACCUAAAGGAACUGAGAAACAAGGUGACUUUUAUCUUUUUCAUCUGCAAUGCCAUGUGGCUGGUGGCAACGUUCACUCUUCAGGCCAUUGGAACCUCAGUCACCAUCAAAAUCCCAAAAUCCAAUCUCAAUCUGACUCAGACUAGAGAGUAUCUAUUUAUCGAUCCAGUGGGACUGAUGUUCCUUUUGGGAUUUGCAUCCUUACUGCUGAUCCAGUUCUUUGCCAUGUUCUACCACAGAAUUUACACUCUGAUCCAUUUCGUGGCAUUUGUGAACACGGAGUCCAAGACUGAGAAAAGACAAUCAGACGAUGGCAUGCAGAUUUCUGACAUGCUGGAGAUUGAGCUCAAAGACGACAAAUACUUUGACACAUUUCUGUCUAUAGAGAAUCCAGCAGCAAUCCAGCAACAAGGCCAAGAAACUCCAGUGUGA